AUGGCGUAUAUAUGGCUUUUCAAGUUCGAACAUUGCCCAGCCGAACAGCAGGAAACUCCUGCUAAGGUUCCAGGCAAAACUGAAAAACUAUCCAGUCCCGGCGUUGUUCAGCCAGCUGCAGCUGCCCACGAGGACGGCGUUCAAGAGGGCACUGUUCCCACCGCCAGGACACCCCAGAUCAUGGGGGAAGCUGAUGCCAUCUGGGAAACGCUGAGAAGACUUCACAUCGAGACCGGGGAGCCGACCACUGUCUGUACAACAGGGAAGAGCGAUGCAGCCCCACCGUACAUGCAGGUGACGAUCGAAGAUGUGCAGGUUCGGUGCGGGGAGAUGGCAAAGUUCGAUGCCAUUAUUGAAGGAAAUCCCCAGCCAAUCGUUGCUUGGUUUAAGGGGAUUUCCCUCUUGGUGGACAGUGAAAGAGUCCGUCUGUUCAGCGAAGGGACAAGCUACUCUUUAAUUCUCUACCACACCAGUCCUGAAGAUGGUGGUGUCUACACGUGCAUGGCUAAGAAUGCAGGAGGAGAGGUCUUAUGCAAAGCAGAAUUAGUGGUGCAAGAAGACAAGAAAAGUCAAGAGGCCAAGAAAGAGAGUACAAGAAGGAAGCUCCAUUCUUUCUAUGAGGUCAAGCAAGAAAUAGCGAGAGGUUCCUUCAGCCUCCUCAAGAGGGUGGUCCAUAAAGAGAACCGAAUGCUCUGUGCAGCCAAAUUCAUGCCCCUGAGAAGCAGAACAAGGGAUCAGGCCUAUCGAGAGAGGGACGUUUUAGCCACGCUGUCCCACGACAGGAUCACUCGACUGCUGGACGAGUUCGAGACGCGGAAAACCUUGAUCCUUGUCUUGGAGCUAUGUUCCAACGAAGAGCUCCUGGACCGGUUGUUCAAGAAGACUGUGGUGACGGAAGCAGAGACGGCACCUGUUACUUUUCAGUCCAGAAAACAGAAAUCGUCAUAA